CGUCGCUUGCCUCCGCGUCGCGACGCCGAUCGAUCAGCUUCCGAUGAUCGAUGCUCAGUUGUCUCAGUCGCACCAUAUUCUGAGAUCUUACGCUUCCCAGCAUCACCAACAAGGCCAUUCCAUUUCGCCUCACGAGCGCCAAGACCUCGACAACUUUCUGGCGCAGUAUAUGAUCGUCUUGUGCUCUUUCAAAGAGCAGCUCCAACAGCACGUUAGAGUCCACGCAGUGGAAGCCGUCAUGGCCUGCCGUGAAAUUGAAAACACUUUACAAGCUCUUACAGGAGUGAGCUUGGGGGAAGGCACUGGUGCAACAAUGUCGGACGACGAAGACGACAUCCCAAUGGACUUCUCGCUCGAUCAAUCGGGCGCCGACGCCCAUGACAUGAUGGGGUUCGGGCCGCUGCUUCCUACUGAAUCUGAACGGUCAUUGAUGGAGAGGGUUCGGCAGGAACUGAAGAUCGAGCUGAAACAGGGUUUCAAAUCAAGAAUUGAAGAUGUGAGAGAGGAGAUAUUGAGAAAAAGAAGGGCAGGGAAGUUGCCUGGGGACACAACUACGGUUUUGAAAAACUGGUGGCAGCAACAUUCUAAGUGGCCUUACCCAACUGAAGACGACAAGGCGAAGCUCGUUGAGGAGACGGGGCUCCAGCUGAAACAAAUAAACAACUGGUUCAUCAACCAAAGAAAGCGCAACUGGCACAGCAAUUCUCAGUCAGUAACAUCCUUGAAGUCCAAGCGCAAGAGAUAAAAGAGAGACAUAUGAAGAAGAAAUUUUCAUCAAAUUAUAUGAAAUGUGUUAUAGCUUUGGUCAAAGUUGUCUGACAGAGACAGUGGUGGAAAUGGAAGAGAGAGUGACAGAAACAUGGGAUUAAUUAGCUUACUGUAAAAUGAGGUUAGAGAUCAUAAGGAUUGUGACACAGAUUGGGAUUAACAUGUCUUUUGUUUUAAGGUUGUAAAUUGUUGGCUUUUUUAACACACAUCAAAUUCUAGAUUUCUCGUGCUUCCAUGUUUUUGUUUA